UUGCGUUACAUUAUUUUUUAUAUUUAAAGUUCGAAUUGACGAAUUUCGAAAAACCACUAUUAAUAGAUAUCUAAUUACAAGGCGUCUAUUAAUUAUAGUUGUUAAAAAUUUCCUAACCAACCAGAAAAAGGAAAUUAAUGAUUUAUGUUAUAUAUAAAGGACACAUCCUCACGGUAACUCAUAAGAAUAAUCUUAUUAAUAGUAAAUGUACUGAUCUCUCUGAUAUACCAUGAUGCAUUUUGGACUAACUCAACGUGAACUACUUCAGUAUACACAGACUACACAGCCGAAUGUUUUGAAACCUGGAGUCAUAGAUGAAGUAGUGAACGUGUUAUUGAAACACUAUAAAAAAUGUGAAGAUGAACGAAUCCACAGUUUAGCUGAAAUCGAACGUAAACGUAUGCUAAAUCUGGAAGCAGAAACUGAACUAAAACAGAUACAUUUGUGUUUAAAGAGAGAACCUAAAUGUCAGACUAAGAAACUGACCAGGAAAACUAUAAAACCAUCCAUAGAUUGGAUGGAAACCCAGAAACCCGGGAUGCAUCCCCCACCCGAUUCAAACAAAUGCAAAAAAAUAAAAGAUGAUGAUCUAUUAGCUAAGGCAGAAAACGAUAUUUACAACCAAACAGUUAAUGAUCCAAAAAACAGAUAUACUGAUGUAAACCAUUCAAAUCGGCUAAAAGAAUUAGAUCCAGAUGCAUGCUUACAUUUACCUCUUGGUUUGGUAAGAAAUCCUACUCCAAGAACAAAGAAGUUUUUAUCAUCCGAGACCAAUGAAUCGCUUUAUGCUACGGCAAAUCAAAUGGUUUAUUCAUCAUCUGAUGAUCAAGCACAGAAACGCUGACAAGGAAAGGGAGCAACAAUUUAAUUCAGUUGUUAGAAUAUUGUUUAAUGAAUAUUUUUCUAAAGAAAACAAUAAAUAUUUACAAGAACCGUUU